GCCAUUCAAUAUUUCAGUAAAAAAAAUAAAUAAAAGAAAACGAAAUAGAAUUUAUUAUAAACAAAAAAGAAAAACAAAAUGAAUUUAAAAAAAUAAUAAAUAAAAGUAAAACAAAAUUAAAACAAAUUGAAAUGUUUUUCAAUUUAAAUUAAAACAAAAUAAUUCGAAAAUAAAUUGAAAUUUACACAUGGCCUAGAGCUGCCAUAGUAUACCAGAAUGCCUUGCGAGCGCAGUAUUGCAAACAUGGCGUACUUUCGAAACAGUAGCUGGCUCGAAGAUGAACAACUUAAAGAGGACAUUUCAAAAUAUAUACGAGAAGGACUCCAACGUGCUGAGAUUAUGGACUUCCUAAAAAGAGAUUUUCCGCAGUAUGCAUGGAGUAUGCGCACUGUUGAUAGACGAAUUGAAGCAUUCAACAUCAAACGGAUCGACAGAGAUGUGACAGUUGACCAAGUCAAGAAUGCUGUUCAGAAGGAAUUAGAUGGGCCUGGCCAAUUGCUUGGCUAUAGAGCCAUGCAUAAAAAGGUCAGGCAAGAGCACAAUUUGAAUGUUCCACGAGAUCUUAUUCACGCUGUUAUGGUUGAGCUAGAUCCUGAAGGUCUACAAGAACGCGGGGGGGUUGGUGUUAAGAAAACAAAUCGUGGAAAGGGAAAUUUUACCACCAAGGGGCCCAAUUGGGUGCACUCCUUAGACGGGCACGAUAAGUUAAUGGGCUAUCAGAAUUCAACAUUCCCUUUGGCAGUGUAUGGCUGCAUUGAUUCUGCAAGUCGAAAGUUAUUGUGGCUGCGUGUAUGGGUGAGCAAUAGUGAUCCCAAGAUAAUCGGCCGCUGGUAUUUGGAUUACUUAUAUGAGAGCAAAAUUUUGCCGACAUAUUUAAGAUUAGACAAGGGUACAGAGACCGGCAUCAUGGCAACGAUGCAUGCAUUCCUUCGUGGAAAUCAUGGUGACAUGGACCCAGACGAUACAGUAAUAUAUGGACCCUCAACUUCUAAUCAAGUAAGUUAUAUAUUAUGCCAUGUUUUGUGUUGAAUUGCAACCAUCUGUAAUUGACAUUUUGAAAUAUUUUCCAUGGUACCUUGUGGUAUGUAAAUAUGUAGGCAUACAAAUCAGGAAAUAUUGGCCAUUCUAUUUAAUGAACCCCCCCCCCCCCAUGGACGAGGUCAAUACAAUUUGAACCCCUAAGAAAAAAGAUCAAAGUGCCGACACAAAUACCCCCUCAGAAAUUAAAAAAUUUUUGCCUUACCCCUCAUAAAAAAACGCAAAGAUCAAAGGAUGCCGAUGCACACAACCCCUCAGAAACGGCUUUUCCAAACCCCCUCAGAAAUUCUCGUGGGGGGGGGGGGUAUGUUGAGUGGAAUGGCCUUAUUUGGGUGGGGAAAAUUUUUACGAUUCUUGAGCUUUUUGCUAGCUUCCAAGGUAUUAGCUAUGUCUUUGAGGCCAUAUCACUGUGGCUUGCUCUAUGCAUACUGUGGCUUCACUAACUGUAUAAACAAAGUCAGUAUUUGCAUUUGCCAAUAAUUAUUAUCUCAAUUCCAUCAGCUUUAAUGUAAAGUGUGUAUGCUUACUUGACCGGUGUACAAAUGCAAACAGUGCAAACUUUGAUAUACAUAUGGCGUACAUUUGUUUGCAUAGUAAUUGGAGUUAUCAAAUUUGGACCAAACAGGUUUACUAAAAAGGUAUAUUUGGAACUUUUGUACAUUCAUAUUUAAAAACUGGGGGUUCAGUUACCACAAUAAAACCCUUUUCUUGCUGGAAAUCUUUCUUUCUUUUUUGCCUUAAAUGUCCUGCAAUUAAAAUUUAUAAUAUACCAAUUCUAUCAUGGUUGUAAAUUAAAGGUUUGUUACACAGUUAUUCAGCUAGAAUUCAUAGACAUAGGCUUUCAGAAUGGUUUUAAUUGGGGAAGUACAAUUUCCGCUCAACCCUUUAGUGUCUACCUGUAAACCACAGAAUGUCUGUUCUAAUCAAGUCUGUUUAACUGCAUCCUAAUAGAUUGAGCGUUGGUGGCGGGAGCUCCACGAACGUUUAGAGAAAUACUUUAAGCAUCAUUUGAACUGGCUGAAGAACAAUAACGAGUACAAUCCAUCCAGUCAGACUGACAGGUACAUGUACAAUAUGUAACCAUUUUAAUAUAAUAUACACAAAAUUGAUCAGUAUUAGAUGUUCAAGCUUAUAUUUCACUAAAUUACAGAAUGCUUCUUGCCUUUUUGAUGGUGCCACUUCUGCAAAGAGAGCUUGGUGUAUUUAAAGAGACUGUUUGGAACACGCACAGAAUCCGUACACAGAAAGGUACAAAUCUUCCAGCAGGGGUGCCAAACCAUAUAUACAACUUUCCUGAACAAUAUGGACUUGAAGAGAAAGGUACUGUUAAAUUAAACAAAAUAUUUUGUCACUAAAGUCUAUAUGUAGUUCUAUUUAGCCAAAUAAAAUUUCUUAAGUAAUUUGCCUUGACCCAUUCCUUAUUCUUUCCUGUUUUGAAACCAGACAACCUGGGUACUAGAUUAUUUUAAUUUGUAGGUUGGGCUGUGAGCGAAGAAGAAUUACAAGAAGUGGCAAUGAAUUCAGGUGUUCUUGAAGUUGAAACAGAUUUCCUAGAGGAAGAUUUUCGGGCAGAAUGUGAAAGAGUCUUACCAUACCCUAGUAAAGUAGAGCCCAGUGAAUGCAGAGAUGCAUUUUUAUAUCUGAAAGAGAAAUGUAAUUUCCAAACAUCGUCAGCCUCAUAAUCAAUUUUGGUUUACUACAGUUACAUUGUAAAUUUAAAAUAUUUCAAUGGAUGAAUGGUUGCAUUUAAUAACUGGACUGGAGAAGUUAACAAAUCAAUAGACACCUUUUAUGGAAUAAACACCCCCUUAAAAUACCC